UUUUCUGUAGCUUGACACUCUGAAAACGAUCGUGGAGGGAGGAAUCCAACUGCAAUUCCAUGGAUGCCAAUUUCUGGACUUCCUCUCACUACAAGCAGCUUAUCGACGCGGAAGAGGUGAAUGUGGUGCACCAAUUGGACAAGGAAAGGGGCAUUACUGCUGAAGAUUGCAAGCUCAUCAAAUUUCACACUUCCCGCUGUAUUGUGGAGCUGGCAGACGGUGUCAAAUUGCAGCAGAGGGUUGCGGCUACGGCCAUUACAUACAUGAGACGUCUCUAUACCAGGAAAAGUAUGACGGAAUAUAAUCCGUGCCUGGUUGCUGCGACCUGCUUGUACUUGGCAGCUAAAUCCGAAGAAACCGCAGUGCAUGCCAAACUUGUUGCUUUUCAAAUCACGGAAGAUCCAAGUAAACAUAUUCCGAUGAAGAUUUCCCAAGUUAUGUUCUUUGUUUUGAGUGAUAACGGGCUAGAGCAAGCUUUUGCAGGUGAAGUAAAGUACUACUCUAAAGAGAUACACAAGAUGGAAAUGAAAAUCUUGGAAGCCCUCAACUAUUAUUUACUUGUAUUCCAUCCUUAUCGAUCAAUGACUCAGUUUCUUCAGGAUGCUGGCGUGAGUAAUUUGGCAGAACAAACUACGGGGAUCAUUAACGACACAUACAAGAUGGAUCUGGUUCUUGUUCAUCCUCCUCACUUGAUCGCAUUAGCCUGCAUAUUCAUUGCAAGCUUCCAGAAUGAUAAAAAAAUCACGGCUUGGUUUGAGGAGCUUCGUGUUGACAUGAACGUGGUGCGAAGCAUUGCAAUGGAGAUUAUAGAUUUCUACGAGAGCUACAAAGUGAUGUCAGAAAAACCCAGGACUAGAGCAGUAAUGGACAAGCUACGAUGAUCAACUAUGUUUUCGUAGUUAACAGCAGAAACACGAUAGCAGAUAGAACGAUAGCAAAAUCAGAGCCUUAAAGCAGGAUGGUAACAUUUCAUUUUCUGAUGUAAAUAGGCAUCACUUUUACAUGUUUGUAUUUAGACAAAAGUUGAAAAGUGGUAUAGUAAUCUUGUUGAGGUAGCAAAAUUGAGGAGGAAUCUUGAUUCUCAACUUUUCUCUGUUAACUGACCUUCAAAAACUUU